AUGGAGGCGGCUCUGGUGAGUGUGGCGACGGGUGCCUUGAAGCCCGUCCUUGGGAAGCUGGCCACCCUUUUGGGCGACGAGUACAAGCGUUUCAAGGGCGUGCGUGGCGAGAUCAAAUCGCUCAGCCGCGAACUCGCCGCCAUGGAGGCGUUUCUUCUGAAUAUGUCAGAGGAGGAGGAUCCUGAUGUGCAGGAUAAGGUGUGGAUGAAUGAGGUCCGGGAGCUCUCCUAUGACAUGGAGGACUCCAUCGAUGACUUCAUGCAGAGUGUCGGUAGUGAAGAUACAAAACCAGAUGGCUUCUUGGAGAAGAUGAAUAAUUCGUUGGGAAAGUUGGGGAAGAUGAAGGCUCGUCGCCGGAUCGGCAACGAGAUUGGAGAUCUGAAGAAGCAGGUCAUCGAGGUGGCCGAGAGGAAUGAAAGGUACAAGGCCCGUGAGGCCUUCUCCAAGGCCAAGAAUGCAACCGUUGAUCCUAGAGCUCUUGCUAUCUUUAAGCAUGCCUCUGAGCUUGUCGGAAUUGAUGAACCCAAGGCUGAGGUAAUUAAAUUGUUGACUAAAGGUGUGUCAACGCAAGAGCGAGUGAAGCUGGUCUCUAUCGUAGGAUCUGGUGGGAUGGGCAAGACAACUCUUGCAAAUCAAGUGUAUCAAGACCUAAAAGGAGAAUUUAAAUAUCGGGCCUUCUUAUCUAUCUCGAGAAAUCCAGACAUGAUGAAUAUCAUGAGACCUAUUUUUAGUGAAGUUAGUGGCCAACGGUACGCCGACACCGAAGCAGGGAGUAUACAACAGCUCAUCUCCAAGAUCAAAGAUUUCCUGGUAGAUAAAAGGUAUUUCAUUGUUGUUGAUGAUAUAUGGGAUGUGGGUACAUGGCAUGUUAUUAAUCUUGCAUUUCCCGUCACUAGUGCUGGUAGUAUCAUAAUCACCACUACCCGUAUAAAUGAUGUUGCUGAAUCAUGCUGUUCAACACCAUUCAGUGGAGAUAUUUAUUGCAUAAGGCCUCUUGACAUGGUGCACUCUAGCCAAUUAUUUUACACAAGAUUAUUCAACUCCGAAGAAAAUUGCCCCUCAUACCUUAAAAUAGUUUCUGACCAUAUUUUGAAAAAAUGUGCUGGGUUGCCUUUGGCAAUAAUUGCCAUAUCUGGUUUGUUGGCUAAUACUGAAAGGUCAGAGGGUCAAUGGAAACAAGUUGAAGGUUCGAUUGGUCGAGCACAUGGAAGAAAUCCCAAUCUUGAAGGAAUGAUGAAGAUAUUGUCACUUAGUUACUUUGAUAUGCCUGCUCAUCUGAAAUCUUGUCUCUUGUGUUUGAGUAUAUUCCCUGAAGAUUCAAUUAUUGAGAAGAAAGUUUUGAUAAAUAGGUGGAUUGCUGAAAGAUUGAUUCAUACAGGAGGAUAUAGUACAACAUAUGAGUUUGGGGAAAGGUGUUUUAAUGAGCUCAUCAAUAGGAGUUUGAUCCAACCCGUGGAGACAGGCAAAUACAAUACUGUCAAGAGUUGUCGACUUCACGACACAAUUCUUGAUUUCAUCAUAUCAAAAUCCAUCGAAGAAACCUUUGUUACUUUGGUAGGUGUUCCUAGUUUAACUGUUGGGACACACAACAAAGUUCGCCGGCUCUCCCUGCAAGCCGGCAAGCAAAAAGAAUUGAUAGUGCCAAGAGGCUUCGUGUUGUCCCAUGUCCGAUCACUUGAUGUGUUUGGGGAAUCUGUGAAAAUUCCUUCUAUGGAUAAGUUCACGCAUUUGCGUUUUCUGGACUUUGAUGAUUGCAAACAGCUGGAGAACCAUCAUCUUGAAAAUAUAGGGAUGUUGUUUCAGCUGAGGUAUCUGAGCCUCCGAAGAGCGGAGAAAGUAAGUAAGCUCCCAGAACAAAUCGGACACCUAUGGUGCUUAGAGAUACUGGACAUAAGAGCCACCUAUGUUUGUGAGUUACCAGCAUCUAUUGUCAAUCUCAAGAGACUGGUGCACCUAUUAGUCGACAUUGAAGUUACACUUCCUUGUGGAAUUUCCAAGUUGAAGGCACUGGAGAAACUGAAACGUGUCAAGGUCUGUAACCAGACAUUUAACUUGCUGCAAGAAUUUGAGCAGCUGCAGAGUCUGAAGGUAUUGGCCCUUGAUUUUGAGGAUUAUAAUUCUGCUAACCGAGUGAACGCUGAAAAUGAGUCCAAGAAAGCUAUUAUUGUCGCUUCCCUUAAAAACCUAGGGAAGCUUCUCUCUCUAACUGUUUGGGAUGGCCCCGAAUUUGUAGGGGAAUCUGUGUGCCCUAUACCACUUAGCCUCCAGAAGCUGAAAGUCCGGUAUUCUUUUAUUCCCCAUGUUCCAAAUUGGGUGGGCUCCCUUGUCAACCUCCAGGAGUUAAGCCUUGAUCUGGUGGGAGCUGAGGAGAAAGAUUUUUAUAUCCUUGGAGGCUUACCUGUUCUGCGUUGUCUGAUUCUGAGAAUUAAUGGAAGUGAAAUUAGAAAUCGUGGUUUAACGCCUGAAGUUAAAAGGGUCAUAGUCUGUGGUGAAGUUGGAUUCCCAUGCUUGAGGAUAUUCAAGUAUAAUAGUCCGUCUGAUGGGAUCAAUUUGUCGUUCACAGCUGGAGCCAUGCCCAUGGUAGAUGACCUCUCGAUAGAAUUUAACGCAAAAAGAACUGAGUCUCUCGGUAGUGAUUUUGAUCUCGGAAUAGAAAAUCUCCCCAGCCUCGUCAAAAUCAUAUUCAUGUGUACUAAGCGGAAAGAUUAG